UGUUAACCGGAUCAGCGACAGCACCUAUUGAUCUAUCAAUAUGAUGUUUCAUAAUAGAGAACAGGAACAACCAAGAUCCCACUGGUGGUUUCCUAAUAGGUGCUACUUCCUUUUGUUGAUGCUCGAAAGCUUUAUUGGUUUGAUUACCUUCGUCUUCACAGUUCUAUUGACGCCCGGCCAGAGCUUGGAGUUGUGCGCAGACGGAGUUGCCAUUUUGACAGGACUUGCUGGUAUUGUUGAUGCGUUGAUGACGCCGCGCAACAGAUUUUCCGGCUUUACCACGGCUUUCAUUGUAGUCGACCUCGCUGCCUUUGGACUUUCAUUUAUAUCUCUACCUGUGAUCGUCGUUCGUAUUUCCACAAACCCCGAACUAGGAACUGCAAAAUUCGUUAGUGUAAAUUUACCGAAAAUUGUCGAGCGCGAAGAUGUGUGUACGCAGAGCGAUAGAGCAUGUACGUAUGAAAGCGCAGUGAGUGAACAUGAAAAACAACCUCAUGUAACUGUCACGUAA